CAAUACAUAUUAUUAUUCUUACAGUUGUUCAACAAAUCGGUCGUUCAAAAUUCGUGUUCACAAAAACAAAAAUUUUCAGUUUUUUUUCCCCAAAAAAAUUUUAAGAAAUAUUUUAACCAGCUUCACGAUGUGUUGUAAGUCAUGCGAAGAACAACCAGCAUCAUGCUGCUCGAUUUUCUAUGCAUUUUUCUGCAUGGGAGCAGGAUUCUUUAUGUUUAGCUUCUCGCUGCACAAUGUAAUUAUAUCAGAAGAAUCUAUUACCAUUAUGGAUUGGUUUUUGCACAUACAUGGUACUGACUUGACGGAUAAUCAGCUUACGAUAUUAUAUGGUUUGGAUUUAAUUUUUGCCUUUACGUAUGUGGCCGCAGGAGUUUUGCUAGCGUUGGGAAUCAAAAGGCAAACAAAGGCAUGUAUCAAGGCCGGGAAGAUCUUAAGCUAUUUCUUUCCAAUAUAUAACAUUGUUUAUGUAUUUCCCUUAGUUAUACAUAUUGGCUGUGUGUUAAAAUUAUGCAGAUAUCUAAAGGAAAACUUUGAUUAGUAGUAGUGGGAUAUUGGCAAACCUAAUAAAUUGGACGAUAUCAAAAUUGAAUGACACAAGGAUGCAACAAAGGAUUUAUAUAUAUGUAUAUACAUAACAAUAGUUAACAGAAUUUAUACGUGGUAAAAAUGCACAGCCAAUACCGACCGAUGAUCAAAAUUGACUUUGCUUUUGAGUGUUGUAAUAGAUAUAUCCUAUUACCAUAUAAUACUGUAAUCAUUUGUCUACGGCAUUUUUACGUUGUAAAAAUACUUAGUUAUAUAAGGAAAUCGUGAAAAUUCAAAGUUGCUACGAAUCGGAUGGACUGAAAUUUGCAAUGCAAUUCAAAAUUUGUAAUUUAACAAGCAAACCAAUAUAAUUCCGCGGGAAAUUU